GUGGCGUCCGGCCAACUCCGCACACCACACGCGCGCGGACGAAGCAAAGCGCACCCGCACCGCCACGCCCACGGCGAACUCGCAACCAACCUUCCUCCUCCUCCUCCUUCCCCGCCACGCCACGGCCACUACAAAACGCCGCCCAUUCCCCAGAUCACCACCCACCACCUCCCCCCUCUGCCGCGCGCGUGCCCGCCGGUAGCAGACACCGCCGCCGCGCCCUCCGGCACCGCCCGCUCGCGCCACACCCCGAGGCGCGCGCACGCAUUCAUCUCCCCAGCAGCGCGCUCGGAUCCCGACGCGGCCCGCAAGUCAAACCCACGCACCGACGCACGGGCCUGCCUGCCUUAUACUCCACCCCGCCCGAACCUCACAGAUCAAUCCCUCACCUCCCGACGCCAGCGCUGGAUCCCGCGGAGGACCCGGAGGCCGCGGUCAAGCAGCAGCAGCCGUCGCCGCCCGCCGCCGCCGGCCGCGUGCGCUACCGCACGCCCUCCUCGCCGGACCUCCUCCUGCUCCCCGCCGCCGCCGACAAGAUGCGCCGCUACUCGCAGCUGCCCGCGCGCCAGGACACGCUCGCCGACCGCGCGCACCGCUACCGCGGGGUCCUGCUCGUCGUCCUCGCCCCCCUCGCGCUCGUCUCCCUCGUGCUCCUCCUCAUGCCGCGCUCCCCCGCCAACACCCACGCCCACGCCCACGCCCACGCCCACGCCCCCGCCGGGCCCAGCAAGUACGCCGUCAUCUUCGACGCGGGCAGCUCCGGCAGCCGCGUCCACGUCUUCCGCUUCGACGCCAACCUGGAUCUCCUCCACAUUGGCUCCGAGAUCGAGCUCUUCGUCCAGAAAAAGCCCGGCCUCAGCGCGUACGCCGCGGACCCGCGCGAGGCCGCGGAAUCGCUCGUCUCCCUCAUCGACAAAGCCAAGGAGGUGAUCCCCGCCGAGCUGCGCGACCAGACGCCGGUCAGAGUUGGGGCCACCGCGGGUUUGAGAGCACUGGGAACAGAAAAGUCUGAGCAGAUUUUGCAAGCGGUGAGGGAUCUUCUCCGCGAAAAGAGUUCCUUUAAAAACCAACCGGACUGGGUUACAGUUCUUGAUGGAUCACAGGAAGGUGCAUAUGAAUGGGUUACCAUUAAUUAUCUGUUGGGAAAUUUGGGAAAGACGUACGCAGACACUGUUGGUGUGGUUGAUCUUGGCGGUGGAUCUGUCCAAAUGGCAUACGCUAUCGCAGAGAAGGAUGCCGAAAAGGCUCCUAAACCAGCAGAAGGCGAAGAUGCAUAUGUGAAGAAGCUCUUCCUUAAGGGAACGACAUAUUAUCUAUAUGUCCACAGUUAUUUGCGCUAUGGGCUGCUGGCUGCUAGAGCAGAGAUCUUAAAGGCUGGCAAUGCCAAUGGUUACAGCAACUGUAUAUUGGCUGGACACCAGGGGCAAUAUAAAUAUGGCGACAAGACAUUUGAAGCAUCAGCUGCACCUUCUGGUGGUAGUUAUUCAGAUUGCAGGGACGAUGUAGUGAAAGCUCUUAAAGUGGACGAAGCUUGCACUCACAUGAAAUGUUCCUUCGGUGGCAUUUGGAAUGGUGGUGGUGGUGAUGGACAGAAGAAUCUCUUUGUAGCAUCGUUUUUCUUUGACAGGGCAGCUGAGGCUGGUUUCAUAAACCCUGAGGCAGCUGUUGCUAAGGUUAAACCCUCAGACUUUGAGGAAGCUGCCAAGCGUGCUUGUAAGUUAAACGUGAAUGACGCCCAGUCUAGUUACCCCGGUGUCCAGAAGGAUAACAUUCCAUAUAUUUGCAUGGAUCUUGUUUACCAGUACACACUGCUUGUUGAUGGAUUUGGUGUUGAUCCUCAACAAGAGAUGACCUUGGUAAAGAAGGUUCCCUACAGUGACGCGUUCGUUGAAGCAGCAUGGCCACUUGGAAGCGCCAUUGAGGUUGCAUCUUCAUCAUAGGCAUCACCCUUUUAGCAAGGAACAUUGAUGGGGGACCAUGAGCGUGGCCGCUGUAGAAGUUUUGGUUUCUGAGGUUUUACACUUGAUCUGGUUCUGUGCUCCCCCUGAAGUCGCCAUUUUGUCACUUGGUCAGUUCAUCUAGCCUCCCCUCCCGUACAGUAGAUUCAUACAAGGACACAUGUAUUACAUCACCAAUUGUACUUGAUCCAGACGCGCCAUUGUAAGGCGCAUUAUUAUUUUUGUACUGAUGAAAGUAGGAUGAGAGCAUAUGCCAUUCUUUCAGACUUCCACGUGAGAUGAACACGAAUACAUUAUUCACUUGCCGUAAA